AUGUGGAUUCUCGACUCGGCGGGCGAUUUUCUGGGAGGACGGCGCGUGUGGCUGCGGCCUGGGAAGAAGUAUCUCUUCGGUCGGGUCUUGCAAGAUGGAGUUCGACAUGCCAUCGCCAAUACUUCCAUCUCCCGCAAACAUAUGAUCAUCGAAGUUGCUCCUGUGAAACCCGGCGACGGCUCUCACAUCUACACGAAAUCGGAUAUCACCGUUAGCGACGAGAACUCGAAAUGCGGCACCACAGUCGACGGGGAGGAUAUCAAGGGCCGCCAGAUUCAGCUGACGCAGGAUGAGCAUAUUCUCCGACUGGGAAAGUACAAGCAUGACUUGCGAAUCAAAUGGGAACCCGUCGUCCUCAGCUUUUCCUUCUCCUCGAAAGACCUCAAAGCCCACGACCCGCUGGCCCGCGUCCGAAGCCGACUGGAAGAUCUGGAUGUCAAAACCGUGAUACCCUACGUCGUAGGCCAGACGACCCAUGUGGUGCAGAACAAGCGCAAUACGGCCAAGGGAUUGCAGGCGCUAGUCAACGGCAGGCACAUCGUGCAGGACUCGUAUAUCGACGCGCUGGUUUAUGCUGCGACGCCGAGUGAUCUGGAUAAUCUGGAGUCGUUGUCGCCGUUGGAGGCUGAUUUUGACUCGGCCUGGCCGGACCCGACCGAGCAUCUUCCGCCACCGGGCAAAGAGGCUGUCCAGAGACCGAAGGAGGCGUUUGCGCCGAAUCCCGACCGGAUCAACGUCUUCGAGGGAUAUACGUUUUUGUUUGGCGACUCUACGCAGUUUGAGAAUUUACAGGAUGCCGUGACGAAUGGACACGGGAAGGCUCUACUGUAUCGGAUCGAGAACGGCAUCACCACUGCCGAGGACAUCGUUCACUUUAUGCGCACUACGGCCGGUCGCAACGGCUUGGGCAGACAGAGGAGGGGUCGGGGAGGAGUGGUUCUCGUUCGCUACCGCGGAAAAGGUCGCUACGAGGAAUGGUCGCAGGAGCUGAGCGACCGAGUGGCUGUUUUGACGGAGCAGCGCGUCAUUGAACAGAGCGAAUUUCUGGAUGCCAUCCUGGCCAACGACGCGACGUCGCUGUGUAUGACGCUGGAGCCAGAGCCAGCUAGCCAGGUCGAGUCGGUCCUGUCGCCAGAACCGCCGUCAUCAGAACCUCCGCUGCCUGCAGUGCCGUCGUCUGCACCGCCGUCAAGUGCCGACGUCCAGAUGGUGCCGCAAUCUCAGCCCGACGAACCCCCCACGCAGGCGUCGACCAAGAGCGCAGGUCCCCGCGUGCGCAGCUUUAAGAGCAAGAUGAAAACGUUCGACGACGGCUUUGACAUCAACGCCAUCCCCGCUUAUGCCCCGGAUGAUGACGACGAUCCCGCCCCGUCCAUGGAGAUCGAACCGUCCAUCGAGUCACAGACUCAACUCGACAACACCCAGCAGGAGGAUGAAGAUCUGUCGAGUUUACUCCCCGGCGCCGCAGCGAUGAAGCGCCGUCGUGCUGAGACGAUGAAGAAAACCUCCGAGCCGGCCUCGCAGCUGAAAGCGGAGGAGUCGCCGCGGCCCAAGCGACGGAAAUUAGACAUCCGCGAGGCCGCCCGUCAGCACCGCGAGGCGGAAGAGGAUGCGCAGCGUUUGCGACGGCAAGAGGAGGCGGCGUCGCUACAGGAUUCCCUCAAGGACGUCAACGUGGAGCAGCUGAAGGGGUUGGCCAUCGUAGAGGAAAUGGAGGUGCCGUCGCGCCGGGACGUCGACCGCGACCAGCGCUGGGACGAGCGAUGGAACGGGCGCAAGAACUUCAAGAAGUUCCGGCGCAAAGGCGACGGCGGGCAGGCGCGUCAUCGCAUCCAGACGGUGAUUGUGCCGUUGGAAGAGGUGAGUCGGAAGGAUUUCGGCAUUGGCGAGCACUACUGGGUUAGCGACCGACCGACCGAGCGCAGUCCGCCCGCGAUCAGCCAGGGACAGGGACAGGGACAGGAGGAACAGGACGAUGCGGCAGAGGAGACAUCUCGCGCUACGUCGGUGGCUCGGGAGACGCCAGCGGUCAGUCAGAAACGAAGUCGCCAGGAGCGAGAUUCUGAUAGCGAGGAUGAGAUGCGCUUUCGAUUCCGACGACGCCGCUGAUUGCCCUUAUUCCAUUCUUUGCUCUUUCACGAGCCCCGUCUAGUCUUCAAAGCCAAUACUCCAGAGAUCGAAGCGGGUGGAGAGCCGAAUAACGCUGCGGGUCCGCCCACAUUUUAGCAGUCGGUCUGGCCUUCCUUGGCUGAUCUUUAUGCUACGGAGGAUUAAGUUAAUUGUUGACCAUCCAGGUUCCCAAAUCCUGGAUCCUGAUUCCCAAGCGAGAGGAGGAAGACGAGGGAUAUCGGCCAGGGAUCGAUAAUUGAGUGAACCCUUGACAUCCCUUCAAAUAGAUGACGUCGCACAGUCGAUAGUCGGUUUCACCAGAGUGACGAGUGCAGAAUGAAUGAUUUGAGUUACUCUGUAAUUAAUCCAUCCUUUUGAGCCAAAGUGCAGGCCUGAUAUUCUUAGAAUGGAUCUGCGUUGAUUCUCGAUCGUCGGCGGUUUCACCAAUUGAUUGCUGCUGUUCAGCUGAGCGGAGAAAUUCUUUUUCUUUUCUUUUGUCUCUUUUUUCUUUUUUUAAUUUUUUUUUUUUUUCUUAUCGCCUGACAUUCUCCAUUUUCUCUUCUUGUCUCCCUCCCUCUCUUCCUUUUUCUCUCUCUUCCUUCUCCUUCUUCCCCCAUCCCAUACUUCUUAAAUCCCCUUCCGUCCAUCUCCGUCAUCGUCGUCAUUCAUCUCCAAUUCUUCUGUUCUGUUCUUCUGCCCGACUGCCUGAUCACCUCCGCCAUGGACCACGCUGGCUGCUGAUUUCGCCCUCUUCGCUGUCUCCCCCCUCUUGAAGGGGCCCUUCGUUCUUAUUCUUAUCGCUUCGCUCUGCUCGAAAGUCUGCCCAUCUGUCAUACGACCUUUUUCCUUUCUCUCGCUAGGUCCGCCCUCACUAUUUCCUCCCCUGUCCUAUUCUAUUCUCCUUUGUGUUUCUCGCUAAUUCCCUCCUCUCCAGCCUUAUUUACGAGUUACGAUUCCUUGAUACCUAUUUGAUUUUCU